CGGAAAGCUCUGCUGCGACCGCCGAAGAUUGGCGUUCGCUGCGCACACCACAUGACUCCGUGCCCUGCACCUCCGCCCACCCACACACCCACACGCUCUUUGGUGCAAAUGGACUAGGCAUCUCGAUGGACGCCUUUCAAUUUGUUCUUGUCUUUUUGCAUUCGAUGGGCGUUGUUGGUUCAUGAUCUGAGCCGCGUUUGCUAAUACGAAGAUGACGACUUCACGACUCGACCGCUUGGUCGUCCUUUUGGAGACUGGCUCCACACAAUUAAUUCGAAAUACUGCCGCGCAGCAGCUGGCAGACGUUCAGAAGAACCAUCCUGACGAACUAUUCAAUCUCCUUACGCGUGUUGUACCUUAUCUCAGAUCACCGUCAUGGGAUACGAGGACAGCUGCUGCACGCGCCAUUGGCGGCAUCGUCGAGCAUGCGGAGAAGUAUGACCCCAACGCCACGCUGGACGAUGCUGGAAACGAAAUCAAAGCAGAUGGCGUCGAAGAUGUCAAGAAGGAAGACGCGGCGAUCUCCAAUUCUGCCGAGCAACUCGCACUGGCCACUCUGGAUGUGGAAGCUAUCCUGACCUAUGGUAAAGAAUUGCUCGGAAGUGCGGGCAAGCAAUAUGAUUUCAAGCUCGCUGGACUCAACGCCACGCAACGACUCGCCGCACAAAAGAAAACCUUGGUCAAGCGUCUCGGUCUUGGUGGCGAGUACACUGAAGAUGACCUGGUCAGCGAAAAGGACAUCGCGAUAAGAUCGAAUCUGGCUACACCUGCGCUGCCACGACUGGAUACUGAAGGCAGCAAGAAUGGCAGCGAUGAUGCAGUCAUGAAAUCGCCGGAAGACGCAACUCCUCAAACUCCUGCUGCUGGUGAGAUGAGUAAGCGACAACUCAACAUGCUCAAGCGACGCCGCAAGGAGGAACUGAAGCGUGACAACAAGAAAUUUAAGUACGACUUUGCCGUCAGACGAGGUAGUACCAGCUUGGCACCAACACCUGCAGACGAGAUCAAGCAGGAAAUCAAACAGGAGCCCGACACCAACGGAAACAAUGACUAUUUCUCACUGGAUCGCAAAGGUGGCGACGAUGAUUCCAAGGUCGUCUCGGAGUUCAAAGGCGCGCCGAUCGCGGAGAAGUCUACCCUGGUCAGUGAUGCAGAGGAAGAAGGCAACGAGUGGCCUUUCGAGCGGCUGUGUGAGUUCUUAAGCGUCGACCUCUUCGAUCCAGCUUGGGAGAUCCGCCACGGUGCUGCCAUGGGCCUGCGUGAGAUUGUACGUGUCCACGGCGCAGGUGCUGGCCGGCGCGCACACAAGACGAAGGAAGAGAACGAGAAGCUGAAUUGCGCCUGGCUGGACGAUCUCGCCUGUCGGAUAUGCUGUGUUUUCAUGCUAGAUCGUUUCGCUGACUACGUCUCCGACAACGCCGUCGCACCCAUUCGCGAGACUGCUGGACAGGUUCUGGGUGCGCUUCUUCAAUUCCUACCGGCUUCCUCAGUGCACGAGAUCAACCGGAUAUUGUAUCGCUUGGUGAUGCAAAAGGACCUCAAAGUGUCGAGAAGAAUCUGGCACGCGUGUCACGGUGGCAUGAUAGGAAUGCGCUACCUGGUCGCCGUGCGCACAGAUCUUCUCUUCAAAGACCGUUCACUAAUGGACGGUGUCCUCGAAUGUGUCAUCAAAGGCUUGGGAGACCAGGAUGACGACGUCCGCGCUGUCAGCGCCGCAACACUCAUUCCUGUCGCCAAGGAGUUCGUCAACGUUCGAUCUGAUGAGCUCGGUCACCUUAUUGGAGUGGUAUGGGAGUGUUUGUCGAGUCUGUCCGACGACCUGAGUGCUAGUACCGGUUCGGUCAUGGAUCUCCUCGCCAAGCUUUGCAGCUUCCCAGAAGUGUUGUCAGCUAUGAAGGAGAAUGCGGCAGCAGAUCCUCUGCAGUCUUUCGAUGAGCUGGUACCUAGAUUGUACCCGUUCCUGCGACACACGAUCACGAGUGUGCGAUCUGCUGUGCUGCGCGCACUGCUUACAUUCAUUAACAUUGAUGGCACUGACACCAAAGGCUGGAUCAAUGGCAAAGCACUUCGUUUGGUCUAUCAGAACCUGCUCGUUGAGCGCAACGAUGGAGUACUCAAGCUGUCACUCGAAGUAUGGAACGCGCUGGCCGAUGCUUUGGCGUUGAAGGCUCCAUCUGCUUUCCAGCAAGAAUUCGAACCGCACGCAGUUCCUCUCCUGGCUCUGACUACACAUCCCAUUGGUAUCAGCAGACACCCUAUCCCCAUGGACGCCACUCUAUUCAUCAAACCUUCUGGACAGACAUACGCACCUCUUGCCAGCGCUCACAGACCAUCUCCUGUGAAUGGAUCGGAACCUGCUAAGAAGCGACGCAAAUCUGACAAGAAGGAGAGCUCGCUGCCACCAGCUCCGGCUACAACUACACACAACAUCGAUGCGGCAAUCAUGCAGGGCGAUAUCGACCUGGUCGGGGCCGAUGUCAUGAUCAGAAGCCGCAUCUUCGCCACGCGUGCACUGGGCAAAGCGAUAUCGUUAUGGCCGGCUGAUCAGCGACACGCAUACUUCGGACCAAAGCUUUUGCCAAGUCUCAAAUCCUCCUACGGCUCCACUCAGCUGUUUACGGCAAUGGCAUUUGAAGGAUACGCAACCACGACGACGGAACAUGAACAGCUAUCCUCAGAUGCCUGCGUCGAAUUGCGUAGUCUCUUCGAAGAGGAACGACCUGGCUGGUAUAGCGACCUCAGCAGCUAUUUGCGCAUUGCUCGUGCACAAUGUCAGCAACUGCUCAACGCUUUCGAAAAGGAAGCUCAUGUUCCUGGUUCGAAGCUCCCAAUCAUGCCGAUUAUCUGUCAGGGAGAACCUGAGGCGGGAAAGAACGCCUUUGGUAUCGCUGACGCUGAGCGAGUCGUUACGGCUGAGUACGACCGCCUGGACAGAGGCCUACCGAAAAUGCAACGCAUGGCUGCCGCUGAGGCUCUGGGCACUGCAAAGAUCGACGCAGAGACCGCAAUCUCAGAUGCCCAAACUGCGAGAGCGAAAGCCGACUUGCGCAUCCGUUCAUCAGCAGCGGCUGCACUGAUAGCGUUCCAGGCAAUUCCAAAGAAGCCACAGUUCACGAUCAAAGCUGUGAUGGACAGUGUGAAGGAGGAAGAGAAUCUGGACCUGCAACACAGGACGGCAUCUGCAGUUGCAGAUCUCAUUGCACAACUAGUUGCCAACGAGCGACACAAGGUAGUUGAGAAGGUCGUAGGCAACUUGGUCAAAUUCUGCUGCAUGGAGACUGGCGAGACCCCCGAAUUCCACCCCAACGCAGACAAAGAGGUUGGCAUACUCUCAUUGCAAAAGGACGAGGACAUCCAGGACCGUCCUGAUGCUGCCAAAUACGAGCGCGAGGUCAAGGCUGCGCGCAUCACACGACGAGGUGCCAAGGAUGCCCUCGAGCAGUUGUGCAUCAAGUUCGGCGCCGAGAUCUUCCAGAAGGUCCCGCGACUGCAAGGUCUCAUCGAAGGUCCGGUGCAGCAUUGCUUCACAAACGAUCUGCCUGCCGACAUCAUGGACCCGGACACUACCAUCGGCCAAGAGGCGGUGGAUGCUAUGUCGACGUUGAGAGCCUUGGUGGCGACUCUUGAUCCUGCACUACAUCCUUGGGUGCUAUCACUGCUACCUUUCAUUGCUCGCGCAUUGCAGAGUAGGCUGGCAGUCUUGCGCUACACUGCAGCUAAAUGCUUCGCUAGUGUCUGCAGCGUCAUUACUGUUCAAGGCUUCACCAUGCUCGUCGAGCAGGUCAUUCCUCCGAUCAACAAUGCCCACGAAGUCGUACAGCGACAGGGUGCUAUCGAAUGCAUCUACCACCUCAUUCAAGUCAUGGGAGACGGGAUCUUGCCAUAUGUCAUCUUCCUUCUGGUGCCAGUACUGGGACGCAUGAGCGAUUCGGAUCCAGGUGUACGAUUGAUUGCCACUACCGCAUUCGCCACUCUCGUCAAACUUGUACCUCUUGAAGCUGGUAUUCCCGAUCCAGAGGGCCUUCCAAAGUCGCUGCUCGAAGGACGAGAACGUGAGCGCAAGUUUAUCUCACAGAUGCUGGACCCGAAGAAAGUCGAGCCGUUCUCUAUUCCUGUUGCCAUCAAGGCCGAGUUGCGUUCGUAUCAGCAAGAAGGUGUCAAUUGGCUGGCCUUCCUCAACAGGUACAACCUUCAUGGUGUACUGUGUGAUGACAUGGGUCUCGGCAAGACGCUUCAGACUCUCUGUAUUGUGGCCUCCGAUCACCAUAUGCGAGCUGAGGAAUUCGCGAAGACACAGGCACCCGAUCAGCGUCGUUUGCCAUCCAUUAUUAUUUGCCCGCCGACAUUGACUGGGCACUGGAAGCAGGAAAUUCGCACAUAUGCACCUUUCUUGACGGCAGUGGCUUACGCCGGUCCGCCUCUCGAGCGUGGCAAGGUGCGCGACCAGCUGGGCACUGCCGAUAUUGUCAUCACGUCGUAUGAGAUCGCACGAAAUGAUGUCGAGGUUCUAUUGCCGAUCGCCUGGAAUUACUGUGUGCUUGACGAAGGGCAUCUCAUCAAGAACCCCAAGGCCAAGGUCACACAGGCAGUGAAGCGCCUGAUGAGCAAUCACCGUCUGAUCCUGUCGGGAACCCCAAUUCAAAACAACGUGCUCGAAUUGUGGUCACUGUUCGAUUUCCUCAUGCCCGGCUUCCUCGGAACGGAGAAGGUCUUCCAAGAUCGGUUCGCGAAACCGAUCGCAGCGAGUCGUUUCGCCAAGUCCUCGUCCAAAGAACAAGAAGCCGGUGCGCUCGCAAUCGAGUCACUCCACAAGCAGGUCUUGCCAUUCUUGCUGCGGCGACUGAAAGAGGAGGUGCUCAACGAUUUGCCGCCGAAGAUCUUGCAAAACUACUACUGCGACUUGUCUGAUCUGCAGAAGAAGCUGUUCGACGAUUUCACAAAGAAAGAGUCGAAGACUUUGCAGGCUAUGGCCGGCAGCGUUGACAAGGAAGCGAAGCAGCACAUUUUCCAAGCCCUACAGUACAUGCGAAAACUCUGCAACUCGCCAGCCAUGGUCGUGAAGGAAGAUCACAAACAGUACGGUGCUAUCCAGGACAUGCUCGCAAAGCAAGGAUCUACCUUGAAAGACCCCAAGCACGCCCCGAAGCUGACUGCUCUGCGCGACUUAUUACUUGACUGCGGUAUCGGAGUGGACUCCACCAAUGAUGGCGGCGUGCCGUCUGCCGAUCAAGCCGUGUCUCAGCAUCGUGUCCUGAUCUUCUGUCAAAUGAAAGAGAUGCUAGACAUGGUUGAGAGCACCGUCCUGAAGAAGAUGUUGCCAAGCGCCACCUUUGCACGCCUAGACGGUUCUGUUGAAGCGUCGAAACGUCAAGACAUUGUCAACCGUUUCAAUUCUGAUCCGUCGAUCGACUGUCUCUUGCUGACCACCAGCGUCGGAGGUCUCGGUCUCAAUCUGACAGGAGCUGAUACUGUCAUCUUCGUGGAGCACGACUGGAAUCCACAGAAGGAUUUGCAGGCUAUGGACAGGGCUCAUCGUAUAGGACAAAAGAAAGUCGUCAAUGUCUAUCGCCUCAUAACGAGGGGCACACUCGAGGAGAAGAUUCUCAAUCUUCAGCGUUUUAAGAUCGACGUUGCGUCGACUGUCGUCAAUCAGCAGAACGCGGGUCUAGGCACGAUGGAAACGGAUCAGAUUCUCGACCUGUUCAACUUAGGCGAGACGGAUCCGAAUCUUGCGAUCAGUGAUAAGCCUGAAGCGAAUGGCGUUGAUGAGUCGAACGCUGUUGAUGCAGAAGGCAACAUGCGUGAAAAGGGCAAGAGGGGCAUUUUGGAUGAGCUCAGUGAGCUCUGGGAUGAUAAGCAGUAUGAAGAGGAGUUCAAUCUCGAUGGGUUCUUGAAGACGAUGAAAGCAUGAAACAAUGGGCGCGAUUGAUCCGGAACUGUAGUUGUAGUAUAGCAUGGCGUUGGUCCGGAAAUGCGACGUACAGGCAAGGGGAACGGAAAUGGAGAUACUGAAGAGCGAGGCGUAGGAUUCGCUCCACCCCCGAAUGGAAAUGCAUGCAUGGAAUGGAAUGGUGUGGACAUUGUAUCAGUAUCGCGUAGAAUGGAUCAUCAACGGCAAUACAAUUUGUGCGAU